UUUGAAUUCUAUGAUUUUUAUUUAUAACCUCAAACAAAGUGCAAAAUGCGAAAAGUCGCAUGAAAAAAGAAAGAACAAUAAAUAGAGCAAAUUGUGGAGUUCGGUUUGAAAAUUUUGAGAAUUGGUUCGCACGAUUAAAGAAGAAACUUCUUUCACUCCUACAAUUGAGAAAAAUGAGUGGAGACGGUGAUCAACAAGAACAUUUCGAUGGAUUAUUCCUCUCAAUUGCUCAGCAUCAUCCCAAAGGUGCUGCACAACUGUUGGAUACAUUUGUCAGCUUCCUUUCCAGAAAAACUGAUUUCUUCACCGGUGCUGAAGAAGGUCAGUGGGAGAAAUUAGUCAUGUCCACAUUCAGGAAAUACGAAAAAAUCAGUAGGGAAACGCAUGAAGCCGAACAAAGAGAAAAAAGGGAGAAAGAAGCUGCAAGAAAGGCUGCAAAGGCCAAAAAAGAAGUUGAGAGCACUAUCAAACCGGCAGAAAUAACAGAACUGACAGAUGCAGAAGCUGAAAAAUUACAAAUGGAAAUAGAUGCCGAAAAAGAAGGGUCUCAAACAAGUUCAGAUAAUAAGAAUGCAGUCAAAUCUAAGGUCAUCGGGGAUGAGGAAGAAGAUGCUUCAGAAAGAGUACCACUCAAAUUGAGAAAUUCAAACCAUGCUAAGAAUAAAGUAAAAUAUUCAACGAAAAAAGAAAACAAAGGAUGUAGUAAGAAAGAGCUUUUCCUGAAAGCCCUUUAUCUUUCUGAAGAGGAGAUAGAAGACCUUCAGAACAAUACAAUAGGCCAAGCAGAUUCCCCGCUGUGGAAAGAAGAGAGAAGAAAAAGGUUAACAGCUUCCAAUUUUGGAAAAAUCUGCAAAAUGAGAACUUCAACUCAUUGUAAAAAUGCUGUAAGAGCCCUAUUAUAUGAUACUUUCACUGGAAAUCAGUAUACCAAAUGGGGCAAGGAUCAUGAGGAUACAGCUAUUGAACAAUUUGAAGAAUUAACAAGUUAUCAUGUUGAAAAAUGUGGGUUUUAUGUGGAUUUCGAAAAACCAUACUUGGGAGCUUCACCAGAUGGUCUCAUUGGAAAUGACGCCAUUGUCGAAGUGAAAUGUCCAAAAACUUGCUCAGAAAUGACCCCUCUACAAGGGAUUUCGUGUGGUAUCAUCAAGUUCGCAAAUCUGGAUAAGGGUCACAUGAAACUGAUGAGGAAGCAUCAUUAUUACUAUCAAAUUCAAGGGCAAUUACAUGUGGCACAAAGAAAAAAAUGUUAUUUUAUAGUGUGGACUCCGAAAGGCCUGGAAUAUGAAUUGAUCGAAAGAGAUGAUGAUUUUUGGGUGAAAAACUGUGAGAAACAGUUGGAAAUUUUUUAUAUGAAUUGUUUGCUGCCAGAACUUGCGGAUCCUCAAUAUCCACAAGGGAAGGAAAUUCGUGACUUGCGGUCAGGAUAAGAACAAGAGUUAUGGAGAAUUGUAACCUACCAUUGUUGACUAAUUUUUUUUUAUUAUUCAUAUUUAUCCUAUGCUAUGGGAUAUAAUCUAUAUUUAUCUAUUCGUGUUUGAGGACGGUGCAAUAACUUGUAUUCGAUGAAAUUAUUUGUGUUAUUUAUGAGAAAGUAUUUAUUAUGACAAUAUAGCAAUAACUGUUAAAGCUUUUUUGUGACGAUUUAUGAAGAUUAAAGAAUAUAUUUAUGUACACAUAUAUUA